AUGACCGCUUCAAGUACAGGGUCUGCACCAAACGAAGCGAGCUCAUCCCAUACCCAGAAUGCUGCCACUUCCAACACUGCUACCCACGGGUCCACUUUGGAAGGACAUGAACCAGGAACCGAAUCCACGGCGCCUUCGUCCACCAACACCGACGACGGAGAUGCUCCAAAACCGUUCACGGCAUCUUCGGUAACCGAUCACACUGCGAAUGAGCGGAGUUUAUUGCUUCCGCAUGCACAAGCGGGACGAGGAGCAGAAGAGGGAAGAGAUGAUGAUGAUCAUGAAGAUGAUGACGACGAUGAUGAUGAUGAUAGGAUGAGUCGGAUCAUCAAGCUAGCAAAACGGCCAAGUUUCAUUUGGAUCUAUUGCUUGGGAAUCCUAGCCGUGGUUAUAUUCGAGCUCACCUUUCUUCCAAGAACAUCUUUAGCUAGAGACUAUAGAAGGUGGUAUGGGAUCCGCUUGACCAAGUCCGACGUUAAACGAAAUUUUCUACAAAUGACCGGAAUAGGCAAAAGCCACGCCAAUCUAACCACGGAGGAGUUUAUCGACAACUGGCUAAGAAACUUCACUGUGAUCAACAACAAGGCCAAGUUCAAUUUGAUCUCGGACGAUAACCCGGCACUAGUGCAUUAUGUGGAAUCAAAUUUUAAAAACUUUGGCUUCAAAACGGAAAAAUUCACCUACGAUGCACCCAUUCCUGAACCGCAAAGCUCGUCUUUGCGCUUAUUGGACACCGAGGGGAAUAUCGCGUACCAGUGCGAUGUCUUGGAAACGUCAUUCAAGACACCAGCAUUUUACGAUUUGGGAGCCAGCGGCAGUGUCACUGCGCCCUUUGUCUUUGUCAAUGAGGGAACUCCAGCAGACUAUCACAAGCUCAUACAAUUUGGAGUCGCUUUGAAAGACAAAAUCUUUAUCAUCAAGAGUCCGCUUCAGGAGCAGAAUAUCACCAUUGGCGAAAAGUUGGCGUUGGCACAACACCAUGGCGCAUCGGGCAUUCUCACCUACUUUGAGGCGCCAAAGAGUGGCAAUGAGGAUUCAAUGUCGGCAAACUUGAGAUUCGGCAUAUCGAGGGGCUGCAAUAACCACAAGAUCAAAAUACCAGCCAUACCAAUAAGCAAGAAAUUGGUGACACCAGUGUUGGAAACCCUGAUCACUCCCGUGCCGGAAUUUGAAGCUUGGGACUACUCGCCAACCACAACUUCCAAAUUUAAGCUCGAAAUCAACGCGACUUUUGCUGAAGGCGCACCUCCGCGGAAACUCACCAAUGUGGUGGGGACACUCAAGGGGAUCAUGAACGAUGCUGACGUUAUUAUUGGAGCUAGAAGAGACUCCCUCACUUCCAAUAACCCUUUAUCUGGCCACGCCAUUCUCUUUGAGAUUAUGCGCAACUACCAGAGAUUGAUAUCGCAAGGAUGGAAGCCAUUGCGCAACAUUAAAUUCAUUUCAUGGGACGCGUCAAACUCGGACUUGUUGGGGGUCGAGAUGCUCACCAACGACACGUACAAUUUCAACCCAAAGAGGUCGAUUGUCGCGUAUAUAAACAUUGACGGUGACGCCGUCACCGGUAGCAACUUUGCCGUGGAUGCCAACCCAUUGUUGAAUCAUUUGUUGCGCGACACUUCCAAGUUUAUCCCCAUCCCUAAAGAAGCUGCAGUAAUGAAGACAUUGAGCGAUCUUAGAGGUGCCGAUAAUGGCAACAACAACAACAACAACAACAUUGAUGGCAAUGACAAUGACAAUGGCCUCGGCAAUGAUGACGAUGAUGACAAUGGAGAGGACUAUACCACCUUGUAUCGUUACUGGCUCAAGCAAGACAAUUUAACAAUCAACAACAUCCUCGGGUGGCCAAUCAUUUCGUCCGAGGCCAAGAUUUACCAACAGCAUCUCUCGACACCAAUAAUCAAUUUAAAGUUCACCAAUAAUGAAAAGAGAGACAGCGCCAAGUACAUUGCAAACUCCAACUACUAUUCUCGCGAAUGGUUGAUCAAACAGUCGAUUGACAAUAAUCUACUUUUGCAUGGCUCCUUGAUUAGGUUUAUUGGGUUGCUUGGAAUCAGUUUGAGCGAACACGAGGUUGUUGAUUACAAGACUUUUUCCUAUUUUAAGAAGAUUCUGGCAUUUUACGAUACUCUCUUGCUGACCGAGCAAGAGAAGCUAGCUCAGUGGAACAAGACAUUGGUUCCAAGCUACCUCAUUUACAAGCACUCGAUCUUCCAGGAUCUAGAUACCGACGAUCCUGUGGACUUUGACCAGAUUGUAACACAGUUUACUUCAUUCAUGGUUGAGACUGUACAACAGUCCCGCAUUUUCGAUAAAUGGAAUAUACAGGUGGAGGACGGGUUGACUCGCGAUUACCCAUGGUACAUGUACUACAAAAAGUUUCAGCAUUUUGCCCAGUUUAAAGUCUCCAACUACAAACUUUCGCAUUUGGAGCGAGACUUGAAGGUGAGUGAUUUAGAUUACACAUAUCUCUCGUUGAGGGAACCGCCCAAGAUCGAACACGAAGUGACGAGCUUGGGCAAAGUCAAGGGAAUAUUCGACGGUAAACCAGAAAACAAAUUGUACUAUGAUUCUGUCAUUUACGGCAACCCCAAAUUCAGCGUCAAAAACAAUGCAACGUGGUACGAGGACCGUUUGACCAAGAGCACCUUUACAUACUUGUAUGAGGCGAUCGACUCUGGAGACUACGAAUCAACCGUGAAAUGGUUUGUUUUGGUAUACGAAAAACUAAAGAACAUACAAUACAAGAUGACAUAA